AUCCAAAUCCAUAUUUGCAGAGGCAAUAUGUAAUUGAAUAUAUAUUACUAUAUAUAUACAUAGGUAUAUACAUACCAUCUUUAUAUAUUCAAUUACAUCUACAUUUUUAUUUCUCAUUCUUUUUUUUUCAUUUUCAACAAUUUUUCAUCAAGAAUUGGUAUUAUUGGGAUUUUUUGUACCCAACAAAUUUUAUAGCAUGAGGGUUCAUCCUAUGUCCCUGAAACGAAACAUUGCCAUUCGUGAAGGAAUCGGUUCGGGUUCAGAUUCGGAUUCGGAGCAGCGGGAACAAAUUUUAGCAGCAAUGGAAGGGAAUCCAAUGAAGAAGCUACGAAAAUUACCUCAUGUAUUCGGGAAGGUUCUAGAACUUCCGUUUCGUUCCGAUGCUGACGUGGCGGUUGAGGAAGGUCCGGAAUUCUUCCGUUUCGUGGCGGUGAUGGAAUUUGACGACGGCGGAAGCGGCGGAGCGGGAGGUGUUAGGGUGCAGGCGGUUGAGAUUCAUACUGGGAUUACCAAGAUUGUGGUGAGAAAUGGCGCCGGAGAUGGCGGAGUUGCUGGCGGAAUAGAGGAGCUAUUGUUGGAAGAGCUGAAGGUGGAUACGUGGAGGUUCAGGUUGCCGGCUACGACAAUGCCGGAGCUGGCUACGGCGGUGUUUGUGGACGGUGAGUUAAUUGUGACGGUGCCAAAAGCUGGCCGUGGCGGUGGAGAGUUCGCCGACGGUAGAGAUGUUUGGGGUGGCGGUGCCCGGCUUGUUCUUGUACAGUAACC